GUGUGUGUGUGUGUGUGGGGUGUGGGGGGGGGGGUCCGGGACUGCCUCACUCCCACCCGGUGUGACAGGAGGAGCCCUGCUGCUGCUGCUGUCUGCUCUCCAUGAUGAUCUUCACACGCACAGUUCUGGGAUCAGUCCUUCGACAUGAUGAUGAUGGGGCACUACUAGUCUCGAGGCCCUGUCCUUCACUCAGUCCUUUAGUGGUAGUUUAAUGCAGCACAGGGUUUGUAAAAAGGAAAAAAAGUGCAAACGCCGGCUCGUUUCCGGUCCCGGUCGAGACCGGGUUGCGGAGCCGAGGUUUUGCCGUUCGCCACCUGGCGCCGAUGACGACCGAUGACGGCUAAUGCCUUGUUAGCGUUUCCAGGCUGGCGCCGAGAUCCGGGAUGGCCGCAGCCCUUCGUCCCCCCGCUUGCGGUGACCCUGACGGUCAGGCAUUUCCCCAGCCCUCCCCUGUCCCCUUGGGGUGUGACCACCCUGUGAGUCAGCCAGAGCUGGACCUAUCUCUCACCCUGACACCCGAGAGACCUGUCCGGGAGGAGGGUCUCCCGCGAUGGGUGGGACGGGGAUGGGGACAGAUGGGACACGGACAGAGGCGUAACUCUCGCAGUAAGGUGCAUUUUCACAUCAGGCCCAAGUCGGGAGCCAGCGGGGGGAAAUCGAGUGGAGCCUUGAGUGAGGAGCCACACGUCGUGGCUGUGGCUCCUGAGAAGUGCAGCCUAUCGGGACGGACACAGACACUCUGCAGGAGUACUGCGGCAGACCUUGUGGGUAAAAAGAAUAUGAAGAAGCCCGAGGACAUGGUACCGACUGCCCUUCAUGAGCAGCCUGACGCCCCAAGUGAGGGUGUGGCACUCAACACAACACUCGCCUUGAAGGCGGAACUUAUGGAUUUGGCUAAGAAGCAAUUUGACCCCAGGAAGGCGGUGCAGCAGCAGCUGAAGUUAUCCACACACACAAGGAACCACAUCAGCAGCCGUGCUACUGAAGGAGUCAACAUCCCACGCUCUCAGCAGCUCUAUCAGGAACUCAUCAGCAUCAGUGUGUCUGAGGAUCAGCUGAUCAGUCAGGCUCUUCAUGAUAGGCUCGUGUUGGUGCCGCCCUCCUGUUCCCAUGGGAACAAGGAGCCGCCAGCAGAGGGCCCCAACCUCCUGGCCUUCUACAGUCCUGGAGAACUGCUCCGCGAAACCCCGUUUCUGCCAGGGGACGAGCUGAAGCUGCCACGGCCGCACCCUGUUCCACACCCUUCCCAGGCAACAUUUGACCUCUACCACAGACAGAGACAGUGGGAGGCAUGAUACCAGAUCAUCUGAGGACAUUAGAUGGACAGUGUGAGACAGUUGACCUAGACCUUUACAAGUUCAAGUUUGUGAGGAAUGAUCCUUCUUCUCUCUGGCUCGUCGUCCUUUGAUAUGUACAUAUCAGUGCUGUCACUAGUGCACCUGGAUGUUUGCACUGAUGGUCGAAGUGUGUUGAACCAUCCUUUCUGAAGCUACACUGCUGGCACGAGGCCAGCACCGCAGUAUCCACCUCGGCAAGCAGCUCAGGGCCCAGCAGGGAAUUCGGAGUUGUUCUCUUGCACUGCUGACAUGUUGAGUCCCCCGAGUGUGAGCUUUUACCAGUGACAUGAACACAACUGUAGAUCCACUUUCCACUGUUUUUUUUGGUGUUCCUUCACUCAGAACAGAUGAGUUGAGAUUUCUCUAGUUUCCUCUAAGUGUGAGCGUUGUACACCGCUGAGUGUGUAUGCAUGCUAUUUUAUUGAAACAUAUUGAAUAAACAGUUACUUUUCUCAACUGAAUCCCUGGAGAGAACGGGUUCUACACAGGUGUUCCCAUAUACGGGUCACGUUCUCCGUGAGGGACGCUGACUGAAAAACUGCUCACUAGAGGUUCAGGUGUUUUGGUUCAUUCUGUUUUACGAACACACUGACUUGAUGUGUAGCGUGCUAAUAUUUCUGUGGUUUGACUGCAGUACAGGCACGCUCAUGUAGGAUGAGCGCUGAGGAGAGGAAGGUGACUCUAGUCGACCGGAGAGCGUGCAACACUGCGAGGAGCACUGUCUCAGUGUAAUGUCCAGCUCUGAAUUUAGACUGAAACCCGUUGAGGAGAUCAUUCUGCGUGAGGAAUGCAGAUAAUUGAUCACAGACAGUUAACCGUUCCAGAGUUUUUUUGACAGGGUGACAUAAUGAGCCAUCGACUCAAGAGAAAGGUUUUGCGUGAGAACGCAUCGACUCGUUGCUUGACACUUUUCUCCACAGCAAAUUACAAUGUUAAGCCACCUAGAAUUGAUGUACCCUUUCAUAGAGGUGGGUAAUUUUACUAGAGCAAUUUAGGGAAAGUGCUUUUCUUAAGGCUACUGCAGCAGUAAGUAAGACUUGAACCACCUCUCUUUAGAUCCAUAGGCAGUAGCGCUAACCACUACACCACCUGCCCAACUAAUCCCUGUGCCUUGGUGAUGUUGAGCACCAUGCAAUUCAGCAGCUACCCCCCCACCCCCGCCCCCGCAUGUGGCUUUUCUCGUGCGUCUCAGUUCUCUUGUAGCCGUGUGCCGCAUACAGGCUUCUGUCACAAUGUAACUUCAUCAUAAUGUGAAAACAGCCGUCUGUUGAAAAAUGUUUUCGCUUAAGGAGUUGUCGUUUCAAAAAAGUACAAAAAGAUGUUGAGAAGCCCAAGGAAAGCAUUUCCUCUGUGUCAAAGUUCGUCGUUACUAGUUGCUCAUCUAGGACUAAUAAGUAAAGUGACUGUAGCAUGCUGGGGCGGGCUAAGGGCAAGGCAGAGCCGGGGGGUGGAGCAAUGACACCGGAGCCUAAGCAGGUCCUCUAUUUCUUCCCUCGGGCGGACCAGCGAGAGUGAGCGUGAAGCCUAGACGCCGGAGACAAAGCUGGAGCACCAGGAAGCCCGAGCACCUCACCCAUCCCAAUCCCGCACCCGGAGCGCCACCCCUCGACACCAGUUUUCUGUGCCCCCUUUCCCCCCCUGUCCCUCUGUCCACUGAGACACCUGCCCGUUAAUAAACCCCUCCUCACGAA